CAGCGCACGCAACCCCGCUCCGGCCAUUCACAGACCUCUCAUUUAUAAGAAGGACGCCCGAGGACGGACAUCGAUAUCAACGUGCGCCUUUGUUGAUAGAAGAAGGGUAUUGAGAGCAUCACGCAGACUACUGAAUCGAUAGCCCAGGAGAGUGGCGAGUGUUGUCAGACACGUCUCUCUCACUGUCUCUCUCUCUCUCUCUCCGUUCAACCAUGGAGCUGUCUCUGGGCCUCUUGUUUCGGGCGCUGGGCAUUCUCGCGGCUGGCUACAUCGUCAAGUUCUUCGUCCGUCUGUACCAAGUCCGAACCAAAGUCCGCGCCGUCUCAAAAGAACAUGGAGUGGAAAUGCUCCCUCACUCCUUUCUCUUCGGCCACCUGCUCGUCAUCGGCACCAUGAUGGCGAAGCAGCCCCCGGGCCUCUCGGGCCAAGUCAUGCCCCUGCUCCUCCUGCAGCAGCACCCGGACCUGUGCAAGAAGGGCGUCGUCUACAUCGACACAUGGCCGAUUGGGCCGCCCAUGCUCGCCGUCUUCCACCCGCAGAUCGCCGACCAGUUCACCCAGGCCCGCUCGCUGCCCAAGCACCCGAUGAUGAAGGAGGAGUUCGAGCCCCUGACCGGCAACAACGACCUCGUCAACAUGGAGGGCCCGACCUGGAAGACGUGGCGCGCCGUCUUCAACCCGGGCUUCUCGGCCCGCAACAUCCUCUCUCUGGUGCCCGCCAUGGUCGAGGAGGCGCUGGUCAUGAGGGAGUCGCUCGAGCGCCUCGCCGACUCGGGGGAGACGGUGCCGUUGGAGGCCGGCAUGAUGAAGGCGACGGUGGACAUCAUCGGCCGCGCCGUACUCGGCACGCGUCUCCACGCCCAGACGACCGAUUCUCGCCUCUUUGUUGCCCUCCAGAAGCAGAUAAGCCUCCUGAUCACGGACAACGGGCCGGCCAACUUCCUCAAGUCCAUCAACCCCAUCCGCCCUCUCGUGAUGCGCUAUCACAACCACGUCAUGAAGCGCGAGAUCCUGCCUCACAUCGAGCGCCAGCUGCACGAGAACGUGCACGAGCAGAACAGCGACGGGCCCAAGACCGUCAACAGCCUCGCCAUCACUUCGUACGUCAAGGAGGUCUCGGCGGCGGCGGCGGCGGCCGGCUCCGGAAGCUCCGAGUCCAAGGGUACGUUGGACGUGCAGUUCGCCGACAUGGCCAUCUCGCAGCUCAAGAUCUUCCUGCUCGCUGGCCACGACACCACGGCCAGCACGUUGUGCUUCGCGUACUACCUCUUCCACAGGUACCCGGCCAUCCUCGCCAAGACGCGCGCCGAGCACGACGAGGUCCUCGGCACGGACGCCGCCCUCGCGGCCUCGCGCAUCGUCGAGAACCCGGCGCUGCUGAACCGGCUGACCUACACCAACGCCGUCCUCAAGGAGACGCUGCGCCUCUACCCGCCCGUCGGCACCGUGAGGCAGGGGUCCGCCGACGUCGUCCUCACGCAGCCCGAGACGGGCGAGCGGUUCCCGACCGACGGCUGGAUGCUCUUUGCCGCGUCCCAGACGAUGCACCGCUGGGACGCCUUCUGGCCGCGGCCGCACGAGGCCGUCCCCGAGCGCUGGCUCGCCCGGGAGGGAGACCCUCUGUACCCGCCCAAGAGCGCGUUCCGCCCCUUCGAGCUCGGGCCGAGGAACUGCAUUGGACAGGAGCUCGCCAUGGUGGAGAUGCGCCUCAUCCUGGCGCUGACGGCGAGGGAGCUGGACAUCGUGCCGCAGUUUGCCGCCGACGCGCCCGAGGUGCUGGGCGAGAAGGGGUUCCAGUGGAUGACGGGCACGCAGAUCACGUCCCAUCCCAAGGAGGGGAUGCCGGUGAAAGUCUUUAGGAGGGCGGAGUCAUGAGGAGAGGUUCAUGGCUCUCUGACCAGGCCAGUCUUGUUGACUACGGACUGGCGGUUGUUGACGCAUAGAGCGUACCAUGGGACUAUGACUGCGUGAAUACAAGCAUUUGAAGGCAAAGCGCUUAGAAAUCGGUCUCUGUGGUUUCUUACAACAUCAUGGGAAACGACAUCCUUCCUGGCAUCGAUAUGCGUUGCUCAGCUGGACAUGUAACAGAGAGGACGAGUUGAUCGCUGGCCAGUCCACGGCGUCUCUUGACGAUUCUGACCUGGACACAUCCACGAACAGAACGACGGAAAGAGGAAUCAAAACUCGACUGAUAUAGAAUUUUGAACUUAGCCCUAAGGCCUUUAGGGAUGUCCUUGAACAUCGGAAUCCGGCCUGUUAGCAUCUUCCAAACGCCCCCUAGUCGCUCUUAUCCUCUCAUCCAUAGCAGCACUUGCGUACUCUGUGUCUCAUCGUGUUGGUGUUUUUUCUUUGAAUAACAACUCUCUGUAGAAUCUC